AGCAAAACACUGGUCAAACAGGCAAACCAUAUUUACUAGCUGCUAAGUUGAUCAAUAAAUGUUUUAAGUGUCCUAACUGGCUUACUGUUGUGAUCCAUCUAUCCAUCCAUUUUCUGUACUGCUUAUCCUACACAGGGUUUAAGCUGGGAGCCUGGUAUCCCAUGGGACACCCUGGACAGGACACAAUUGCACAUACACUCAUUCACACUCUACAGACAAUUUGGAAAUGCCAGUCAGCCUACGACGCACGUCUUCGGACUGAUGGAGGGCACCGCAAGCACUCAGGACAGAGGUGGGAACCGAACCCUCAACCCCAGAGGUGCGAGGCAAACGUGUGUUGUGGCAUUCUCUUAAAUAUGGACAGAUAGAGGUUAGAAGCUGGUAAAGACGGUGUAUAUCAGCUUGAACAACUUGUUUUGAUAGUUGGUCAAACUAGUGCGAUUUUUUUAUUUUUAGGUUAAAAAUAAUUCACUAACCCAAAAUAUCCAGCCAAUAGCAGUCCCAUAGUCUUAAGCAGACACUGAAAGAAGAGUGAUAUGUUACUAAUAUGUUAUACGUGUCCCAACAAGGUGUAAUAAAGUGUCCAAUGUCACUAUUGUGCUGAAAAUUAUCCACUGCCUUCAUAAUAGCUAGUCGUUUACUAUAACAAUCUCUUCACUGAAUACAUGCAAUCUGACAAACUGCAUAGCAACAGAUUAACUACAGUCAGUCAUUUACCUCAUAAAACCGGUAAAUGUAGCUGUAAAUCAAAGUGUACCUAGUAAAAUGGUCACUAGGUUUAUAUAAUAAGCUGUUAAUGCAAAAACAAAUUACAUUAAAAGCGAAUUUCUGAAAGAAAUCGAUUAAUUCGGGCUGUUUCUACCUCCCAAGCAGCAUACUACCGUACUAAACAGUAUGCGCGUGUGUGAUAGGUGGCGUAGCUCUGCAGCCUGCUGUAGCUUGCUUACUAUUUGUUACACUUACUAUCUAGUGCAGUAGUAUGCGGUUUUGGACAGAGCCUGGGCACAUUUAAAGGAGCAGAAGAGAGUUCUGUGUGGUGGCCGAUAAGGCUGAGGGAGGGAGAGGCCAGACCAGCCAGAGGAGAAAGGGAGCGGUGGAUUUUUUUUUAUUAUUAUUAUUUUUUUUUAAUGUAAAUUACAAAUAACUGUGUUUAGCACAAAUCCCCACCUGUUGUUUUAAGAGAGAUGCUGCACGGGAAUCACAGGGGAAGAUCCGCUAUCCAGUAAAUGUGCAGCGACCGAUACAUUUUUUUUUUUUUUUGCUAGCCUCCUAGCUAGGAAUGAGUGUAGGACGCUAGCUGGCUUCUUAGCUAGUGCAUUCACAUGGACGCCAAAAUGGAAGGAACUAUGAACGCGCUUUAUAUCCCACGACUUUAGCUAACAAGCCUUUAACGAGGUGUUGGCGAACAAUUUUUUUUAUUCGUCUGUAGCCUUUAUUUUUGUUGUUUUACACCAUGUGUACUUAAGCGGCGGCACUGCGCAAACUCUAAAUCCAACUCGAACCUAGAUGGAGCAGGGGCGUUUUGGUUUUAGCUAGCUAGCGUAGCAUAGCAUAGCAUAGCAUUGCUAGCUGGCCUGGCAAGAUACAUUCAGAGCACAAAGAGCAAAAAAAAAGUAGUCGCACUACUUUUUAAACCGGUUUCACAGUAUUUAAGGUGCUUAUUGGGUGGAAACUUAGAGCGGGUUUGUUUAACAGCCAGCUGUUUGCUUGCUUUAUGUUGGGAAGCAGAUAAAGCUAGCUAGAUAGCUAGCCGAGGUUGGCUCAGUGUUUUUAGCGCCCAGUCCCCAAUGAAGGAGUACAAAGUGGUGGUGUUGGGCAGCGGCGGCGUGGGCAAGUCCGCCCUGACCGUGCAGUUUGUCACCGGCACUUUCAUAGAGAAAUAUGACCCGACCAUUGAGGAUUUCUAUCGGAAAGAGAUCGAGGUAGACUCGUCCCCUUCGGUUCUGGAGAUUCUGGACACCGCCGGAACCGAGCAGUUCGCGUCCAUGAGAGAUCUUUAUAUAAAGAACGGCCAAGGUUUCAUCUUAGUCUACAGUCUUGUAAAUCAGCAGUCAUUUCAGGACAUCAGACCGAUGCGUGACCAGAUAGUCCGAGUGAAGCGCUUUGAGAAGGUUCCCCUCAUCCUGGUGGGCAAUAAGGUGGACCUGGAAUCCGAGCGGGAAGUCGCCGGGUCCGACGGCCGAGCCCUGGCGCAAGAGUGGGGCUGCCCUUUCAUCGAGACCUCGGCUAAGAGCAAGACCAUGGUGGACGAGCUCUUUGCUGAGAUCGUGAGGCAGAUGAACUAUGCCACUUUGCCUGAGAAACAGGAGCAGUGCUGCACGGCGUGUGUGAUGCAGUGAGGUCCCUGGCCUUACCGCACACUCCACAGCCACAGCACCUGGCAGGAGGCCCUUUUGAACCAGUGUCUGCUUCAGUGAUGUUUUGACCCCAUGAGCCACACCAGUGUCACUGAGCCGUCUGAACUCUGACUGAUGAGGUCACCUGACAAGCCUGGGUUUUGCUGCAGCGUAAAGCAGGGACUUUGAAAUCUCUGACUUUCAUCUGUGUCUGUAUUGUAGAGCACAUAUAUAAUACAGUGUAUAUAUACAGUAUACUGGGUGUUUUUUGGGAACUGCAUGAUAAGCAUCAGUGGGAGGGCAGAGGACUUUGGAAACAGGGCCAAAUGUGACAGGGCUAUUAAUAUCUAUUUUCUUAGAGGGGGAACUACAUUAUGUAUGAGCAGGAUUUCUGCGAACUGUAAAAUGCUGACGGUGCUCAGUUGUACAUCCCCAGGAUUUCUUUUUAACAUUUUAUGUUUGAUAUCUACUUUUAAAGUGAUAAUAGCCAUUACGGAGGUUGGAAGCCUGGACCAUCUAACUUUUUGCUUUUCUUCUGUUUUUUUAAGACUACAGUAUGUAUGCUCCCCCCCCCCCCUUUACUCAUAAUAGUAUAUUUAUUAAAAUGUUUAAUUACAAAGAUGGAUACAUAUUGAAUUUUUAUGUUCCAUUGGCCUUUUUGCUUUUUGUGACAGUAUGCAUUGUUUCUGAAAUGGAGCAUUAAUGACGCCUUAAAUGAUUACAGUUUCAAACUUGUGUGUGGAGUUCAUGUUUCCUGUCUCCUCUAUUUCACACACACACACACACACACACACAUCAUGUACACAUCAUCUACACACUACCAUUGACCAGCUCCUUAAUCUACUCUAAUAUGGCAGAAAAAUCUAAAGCACUGCGCUACUUAACCAAAACUUUUCUAAACGUUGUCUAUUAAUGAUGUCAUUCUAUCCGGCUAUAGUAAGCAGAUCUACACUGAGCAGUUUUAAAUGAUAAACAUUGUACAGAAUUCAUUAAGAUGGUCAGUGAUGUUUCCAGAACUAUUUAACAUGUUUC